AUGGCACGGCUUCAUGGGCCUGCCGUAGCAGCCCUAUGCCUAUGUGCUCUCGCGGUGCUCUACUGCCCCGGCGUCGCCGCGGGUUUCUCUGAGUCGCGCUCGCUUUUCCGCGAUGCCUUCGAGGUGGUGGACAUCAACAGCAUGAGCCUGAAGGAGUUGCACAAGUCGGCGCACACGUGCCCAUGGAUUCUGGUCACCUACUUGGACACUUGCGGGCACUGCCGCCACUCUGCCCCGCUCGUAGCCCGCAUCGCGGCGGAGACGCUCGAAGACAGCGGAGAUGUGCUGAACGAGGUCACAGUGGCGGCGCUCAACUGCGAGACAAGCAUGAGCGACUGCCAGGAGCUGAGGGUGGUUAGCGUUCCUUCUUUCUACUUCCUCUUCCCAUCUGAUAUGCCCGUGAACGCGACGACUCUGGAGCCUGUCGUCGCUAAUAAGAAUCUCCUCGACAAGGGUAACGCGGAGGCUAAGCCCAUCGCGAUGACGCGCGCCUUGAUAGGACAGGGGGCAAAUCCGAACGCACACUUCGACACUGCGCGCAAAAUGUGGAUGGGUGCCUCGAGCAACCUCUGGGGGGCAACGCGUAAGGAACUUUGCCUGCACAUGCGCACCUACCUGCGCAACUCGAAGGAGAGCGACGCCGCGGAAGCCGGCGCUGGCGGGGCUCUGGCCGCAGCCAGCACUGCGAACUUCGUGGAAGAGACGACGUUUCACGUGGUAGAUGUCGCCAACGCGUUUUUCGAAACCCUCUUCCACGAAGUGGCGUUGAGGGGCCUUGAGUCUGCUGCGCGGCGCCGAGCUCUUUUUCGGUUUCUUCGCUUGGUGCAGCAGCGACUGCCUGGACUUGGCGCGGAUGUGUUGCUGUACUCUAUGACCGUCAACCGUAGUGUGGAUGGCGCGCAGAGCAGCGUAGCCGGUUUUGCCUCCUCUGUGGACGACUGGCAGAAGCUUGUUUUAUCCGCCGGUAUCCCAUACGAGGGAAACCCGCGCCAUCUGAGUUGGCGAACGUGCAAGGGGUCUUCAUGGCGUUACCGCGGUUUUCCGUGCGGUAUGUGGUUGCUCUACCACUCCCUGACGGUGAAUGCGGCGCACGUGGACGCCGACGACAACAAUACCGAGGUGCUGUUCAUCAUUCUCGACUACGCGCGGCACUUCUUCGCUUGUGACGCGUGCCUUACUCAUUUUCUCCGCUUUCAGCCAGGGGACAAGGACCCGGUGUUGCAGCUGUGGCGCUUCCACAACGAGGUGAACCGGCGUCUCGCCUCGUUGGGGGAGGGAGGCGACCCGCUGGUGCCAAAGCGAAUUUUCCCGACGGUCGAGCAGUGCCCCGCGUGUAUUCGCAGCGACGUCACCGGCAAGGAGGAGGACCGCUUUGUGGAGACAGAGGUGUCCAAGUACCUGCGAUCCCGCUACCGGUGGAACCCCACAGCGCUGCAUGAGGGGACCGUCAAGGUGACGGAAUCCACCAGGAAGCGCUCGAUCAACGAUCGCGGCCGUGCCGUGAAUGUGUACCACAGCCUUCUCAGCAUGGACACCUUUCUGAUCAUCGUCCUUGUCAUCGCGGCGGUGGUGCUGGGUAUGGUUUACGUGCUGCGGCGUCACCAUUCGUCUGCCGCGAAACGCCGCCGUCCGAUUCUGCCCCUUCGAGCGCGAGACUAG